AUGGUCUUACCGCACCUCCUCGCCGUUUGCAAGGACGCCGUGUAUGUCGCGGAGGAUUCCAGCGUUGCUUUUUAUGCCCCAAAAAAUCUAAAGAAAUUCCGUGUGGAGCAGCUCAGUGGGGCGCGUGUCGUUGGGUUAUGUGUUUUGGCGAAUGUCGCUGGCGACAUGCAGCUCCAUGUCGUUGACGCGGAGGCAAAUUGGUUCCUAAUCUCCCUUGCUCACGUGGAGGUGGUGGCAUCUUCUUCGAUUCAAUGGAGGCGCGACUCUUCAGCAGAGACUGGCGAUAAGCCGGUGGUAUCAUGCCGGCGAAAUGUGGUGCAGAAGGCCCGUAUGCAAAAAGAAGGGGGAAUUUUGGAGGCGCACUUUCAUGAGGCGAAGGGGGAGCUUCAUUGUGUCUUCCUUACGGCAGGUGGUGUCUAUGAGGCGUCACUGCGGGACGCGUCGGUGAUGAAGGCGGAGAAAAUAAUGCCCUUCCACAUUCCACUGCGUGAUUGCACGAUGGCAACAGGAAGGUUUACCGGCCUUGUUGUUGUUGGUCAACGAGGCGAAAAGUGGGCGCGGUACUCCCUCUAUGAACAACGCGAUGCUCACGGCACCAGGCAACUCCAUCUGCCCAUAGGUAUUCAGAGCUUGGCGUGCAAUCCUGUCACUAACUCUAUGGCUGUGGGUGGCACGCGGGGUGAAUUGAUAGUUUUCCCUUCUGUCACCGAAAGCCACCACUUCUCGGAUCACUGGCAUCAUACCCCAUUGACAGCCUUAGGUUUUUCAGUAGACGGUAAUUCUCUCUUUUCCGGCGCAAGGGAAUCGGUCAUUUUGGUGUGGAGUAUGUCUUCCUACGCCUAUAGGAAGAUUGGAUGCAGCCUAGGACCAAUUCGCUGCAUUGUGCCUUCUUAUUCCAAUGGAUCUCAACUUUUACUUGCCUGUGCAGAGUCAACGCUUGCAACGCUGGAUUUGCUACAGAUGCGGGUAGAGGAGUUCAUUGAGGGUGUUCAGUGGUCUACAGGUGAGGCGUGCAGUGGACUUGUGGUGGGACGAUGGAUGGGACAACCUGCCGUGAUUCUUACUGGGUUGCCGAACGUGUUGCGUAUCUGCGAUCCCCUUACGCAGCAAUCGCUUUAUUCCCUUCACAUCUCUUCCCAGAUGGAGACAGUUGCUAUUCCCCCCCGGCAUGGCAUUCAACAUGUGGGAUUACUGAAUGAUAACCGGACGAUUGUGACAUAUGAGGAGUUUGGAGGCACAUCGCUUCCCCCCUUGCUUCGCUUCUGGGUGUAUGACACGCACGCCAAACGGCAUAUGGAGACACAAACCAUUUACUCUCCUCACAGUAGUCGCGUGAUUGCGCUACAAACAGACGAGGUGCAUGGACGUGUUUUUACGCUUUCUACCAACUGGAUGAAAUGUUGGGAGGAAAUAGCUGUGGAUGCGAAUGACGCGUAUUCCCCAGGACAGAAGAGUUGGGUGAAUAAGUCUUCCUCGGCAACGCCGUCGCUUUUUGUAACGGAUAUAAUUCUUUCCAUGGACGCCUCGUUGUGCUUUGUUUCAGACGACAGUGUACAUGUCUAUGGUGUAGCCAACGUCUCUCCGGGCCAAAAUUGGCAUCGACUACAUACACUCACGCAAUUGUUUUCUGUGACGCCACUGAGAGAACUUCAGCUUUUAAGUGAAAGCCGAGUCGUGGUGGCUCGUGACGAAACACGAGUUUAUUUUUGGUCGCUAGCCUCACCCCAUCAGCCGGCAGUCGUCUGGGAAGCCCAUUCCACCCGAUUGACAGCCAUGUGUGCGUGUUCUGCUGCAUCUGUCCUUGUGGCGACAAGUGAUGGAGGGAUUAGGGAAUUGUGCGGUGCGGUGCAACGGAUGGGGGAAGAAUUAGGGCGGCACAAGUCAACGGCGACACCGCACCGCAUUCAUUUUAUGAGGUGUCUUCCGGGGGCGGGGAAAGAACGGGUGGCGGUUGUGGAUGAGGUCUCUGGAUUCCGCGUGCUGCACGUCGCGCCGGUCGAUACCAACGCGAAGAAGGGAGAGGAGGGAGUGUCGGUUGAAAAGUUCGAAGGAACCAGUGACCAUGCAUCGAGCUUCAGUGGCCGCGAAGGGCAUCUGGGGCAGUUCUUUCACGAUGUCACUCAUGUCAACAAACUCUCCGAAUUGGGGAGGAAGGAGGUCUCAGUUGGCGCUGCAAUUCGUGCGGCGGCAGCGAAGAAGUGGCUCGGGGAGGUUCUGGCGGAUUCCGCCUACACGGCACCCCCCAUGAGCUCCGUGCUGUCGUUGUAUCUCAAGAAGCGGUCCGGUAUCCCGACGCUUUGA